AUGUCGUGGUUAGCGCUCGAGACGUGUCCACGAAACGACGCGAGGUAUCCGGAGUGCAUGGCGUUCGCCGAGCUCAAGGCUCGUUCACAUUUGUACGACGUUCUCGAAGAGCUCGUCGAGGACGCCGACGCGUGCGAGGAUGAAGGACGCCUUCGGGAUCACGUCAAAACGAACGCGAAAGUGGACGUGAAAUUUGAAAACAUACAGUGGGAGAGUCGUGCGAGAGUCGAGUGCGCGCGAAGAUGUCUAAUCAUUCUCCGACGCGAGCUCGUCUCCGCGCUCAUGAAUCAAUCGUCUUCGUCCGAGGAAUCGAACGACGAGAACGACGAUGACGACGACGACGACGACGACGACGACGCGACGAGUCGAUCGAUCUAA